AAAACGUUGUUGUAAUUGGUCGCAUUCCAAAUAAAUUUUCUGAUCAUAGAUGAGAGUUAUCGUUAAAUUGUAAGACGUCCAGAACGGAGGGGAUAUAUAAAGGCUCACUGCAAGCAAUUAAGAUCACAGUCUUAAGCCCGCGUUCUUUUAAUCUCUUGGUACAUUCGUUGUUCUAAGCGCCCACUAAAACUAAACGUAUCGUUUAUUAUUCGCUCUUAGAGUUUAAGAAAACUUGCACCAGAUCUAGUGAAUCCUUUUUGCUUUUUUUUUUUCGUUAUUCUGAGUAAAUAUUGAAUGAAAACCUUCAGAAAUAGUUCACUCAAAUUUAACAAAGAAACCUUUUACUGCGAUCUUAUGCGGUAUAUCAGGACAAUCAGUAAAAUAAUCCAACUUCAAUUUCGCUGCUUUUUACCCCGUCACAUAUGGACGCUGUGAAAACGUAGCCAAAAUAGUUUUGCGAUUUGAGGGGAGAAAUAAAGAAAUAUAAACCGGCAGCGGAACCGAUCUGGAGCUGGACUUCUAAAACCCAUCGACGGGGUGAUUCCGUAGAAAGUGCAGAGCAAUAUCGAGGAAAAAACAUGGCGAAGAUAAACCGUCAGCUUCUCAUUCUUUUAAUCGGGCUAUCAGUUUCGUCGGCCGAACAGCGAAAAUCUUCCGACGAUGAAAUGGAAUCGGAGAAAGAUGCUCUCUUAAUUUGUCAGGAGGAACAUCCGGCGCUUUUAAAUUAUUUUUCCGUCGCUGAUUACGCCGUCUUAGCUACGAUGCUGAUCGUUUCAUGUGGUAUAGGAAUGUUCUACGGUUUUUUUACAAAGAAACAAGAAACGAGUCAGGAUUUUUUAUUGGGUGGUUCAAGCAUGGGGACUGUACCGAUGGCGAUGUCGUUGGCGGCUAGUUUCAUCACAGCGAUUGAACUGCUAGGAAAUCCUGCGGAAAUGUACAACCAGGGGACUCAGUUCUGGAUGACCUCGAUCGCCUUCGUAGCCGUCGUCCCUAUUACGUCGCAACUUUAUUUGCCAGUUUACAUGAAACUCAGGUUGACUUCGAGCUACGAAUAUCUCAAUCUGAGAUUCGAUAAACACUGUAGAUUACUCGCCAGUCUUUUGUACACUGCACAGAUGGUCCUUUAUACGUCGGUCGCAGUUUACGCACCAGCUUUGGCGCUGAGCAAGGUUACCGGCCUCAACACCUACAUAGCUGUUACCGUGGUCUACGUUGUUUGCAUUUUCUACGCCUCCCAGGGCGGAAUGAAAGCGGUGAUAAUGACGGACACCUUCCAAGCCGCUGUUCUUUUGGGUUCGAUAUUUCUGGUGUUGGGUUGUGGAAUGACCUGGGCUGGGGGUAGUGAGGUGGUUUGGAAAGACAGUAAUCGGACUGGGAGAUUAGAAUUUUUUAAUAUGGACACGUCGCCUACGGUCCGCCAUAGUUUUUGGAGCGUUGUAAUCGGCGGUACAUUUUACUGGGCAACGAUGUUCUGCAGCAAUCAAGCAUCGGUUCAAAAAUAUCUGAGCGUUGAGACGAUCGGACAGGCGCGCAAGGCGCUAUGGGUGACCUCAGUUGGCCUGAUCUUAAUUUACACGGUAAACUUUUUAACUGGGAUGACCUUGUACAGCGUUUACAAGGAUUGCGACCCUGUCGAAGCUGGUUACAUAACUGCUAGCGAUCAACUUCUUCCAUUUUACGUUAUGAAUUUUAUGGGCGAAUUCAAAGGGGUACCCGGAUUCUUUGUUGCUGGUAUUUUUGCGGCGUCAUUAGGAACCGUAGCCAGCGCACUGAAUUCCUUAGCCGCAAUAACCUGCGAAGAUAUUAUUCAAGGUUUGCUUAAGAUCGAAUUACCGCCGAGUCGAGGUGCAAUUUACGCUCGUUGGAUCAGCAUUUUUUUCGGUGCGUUAAGUUUCGCUCUAGUUUUCGUCGUUGAAAGGCUGGGCGGAGUAUUGCAGGUCGCUCUGUCCUUCAAUGGAAUGGUCGGCGGUGUGACCUUGGGGUUAUUUUCCCUGGGUAUGUUCGUCCCGUGGGCAAACGCUAGGGGAGCGAUGUUCGGAGCAAUUCUUGGCUUAGCUCUCGUUCUUUGGGUCGGUUUAGGGGCCCAAAUGGCUUCGAUAAACGGGCAGAUUCACGUCGAGUCAAAGAUAGUCUCCGUCGCGAAAUGUCCUUGCUUGAACGGGACACUUGAAAGGCUCUCCGCGGAGCCGGAUAACGACUCGGAAGAAGUCUUCGUGUUGUACAGAGUGAGCUAUUUGUGGUACAGCGCGAUAGGUUGUCUGACGACGGUAUUUGGUGGUAUUUUAGUGAGUUUUUUCACCGGUCCCCAAGAUCCGGGGGAUCUGGAUCACGAUCUUUUGAGUCCGCCGAUACGGGCGCUGCUGCGAUUACGCGACGGAAAAUCGCGAAAAAAAAAUUUGCAAGGUGUAACGAACCUCGCGUUGGAUCUGGACGACGAGAAGAUUGCGAAGUGAAAAUGAAAUUGUUAAAUAAUUGCGAUUCAACUUGUGAAAAUCGCUACGGUUGCGUGUAUAAUUAUCGUAGCAUCAAUACGGAAUAUCUGCUGUUAAAAAGUGGCGCUGUUAGUGCCGCCGCUGCAACUCCUGCGGGAUCAGGUUUGAUCAUAAAACCACAAUUAUUUAUUAACUGCUGCGCAGGUAUCCCGGUGAUGAGAAAACUUGAUCAAUACGAUGGCGGGAUCGUUUGAAGGGACUUGACAAACUUGAAAAGAAAAAUAUUUUGUGUAUCAUCCCCAUUUCUCCCAGAUUUUCCCCUCGGAUCCAGAAGAAUUCAUGUACUCGUCCCGUCGACGAUCAUUGUUAUCUCUAGUUAAUAACAUUCAAGAAAUAAAAAAACUAACAAAGAAAUGGAGAAGAAAUUCAUCCGGUGGAAAUGAGGAACAAUUCCACUCUGGCUGUUAAAGGUAAUUAUUUUUAUGAUCAACCCGAAAACUGCGAGAAUACGUACUUAUUCAUUAUAUUGUAUACUAUACGUACACGCGUACGGAAAAGUAUUAAAUCAAAUGACAAAAAAGCCCAAAA